AUGCGGUGCAGGUAUCCUAGGCCCAGCGUCACUGUCGAUGCUGCAAUUGUGGCAGAGCCUGAGAACGGCAAGCCUGCGCAACUGCUACUGAUACAGCGGAAGAACCCACCUUGUAAAGGACAGUGGGCGCUGCCUGGGGGCUUUGUGGACGAGAAUGAGCCGCUGGACAAGGCAGCUGCACGGGAAUUGCAGGAGGAGACAUCUGUCGAUCCGUCAGACGUGCUCCUGAUGCAGGUUGGGGCAUUUGGCGACCCUGGCAGGGAUCCUCGGGGGUGGUGUGUAUCAGUGGCCUAUGCUGCCCUCGUGCCAUCAUCCAGCAUGGGCGUCAAGGCUGCGGACGAUGCCUCGGAGGCAGAGUGGUUUGAUGUCAGGGAUCUGCCACAGCCGCUAGCUUUUGACCACAAGCUCAUCGUGCGAACCGCGUUCCAUCAUCUGAUGCAGCAGUCAGCUGUCCAAGGCGCGCACUUGCUCUUGUUGGUGACUGGCAUGAAUGCCACAAGGAAGUUACCACACGUAAGGCUGGUGAUAAAUCAUUAUUCUUGA